AUGAAUUUAACAUAAUUAGAGUCCAUCUUUCAAUCAUUUAACACUUAUAAAACGCCUCCUUCUUAAUGGACAAUAGAUCAAAUACGGAAUUUUUGUGAUCAUCACAAACUAGAAUGGGCCAAAGAUAUUUUAAGAAUUCAUAAUAAUAAACAAUUAAAUGUCGAUCAUUUACUUUUAAAUAAUGUACUUGGUGCUAAACAGAAAAGACAUCAUGAUAAAGUCCAAGAUAAAAUAUCAAUUUUAGAAGCAUAAGGGUUGCAGAGUGAUGUUAUAAGGGAAGUUUGUUUGGCGAAUUAAUUCUUUUAUCGAAAUUUUAGCGAUAAAAACAUUCAAUAUCAAAUCAUUAAAUUAAAGUUAUGGUCUUUCAUACUUAAUAUGUAUGAAGCCAAUCGGCAAUCACUUAAAAGAUUGUAAGGAUUACAUAGAAGUAAAAUAUGCACAAGAGGAAAAUGCUGUCGAUGUUCUGGACCAGAAGGAAAAUGCACUUGUGAAUUGCUAUAAGAAAUUCUUCAGCAAAUCAAUUGCUAUACAAAGUAAAUAUUUAUAGCGGACAAAACAAUUGAACAUAGAAGAAAUAAUGACAUCUAUAUAAAAUCAAAUCUCAUCAAACUUUUAUUCACUAAUACAUAAUAUUUACCUAAAGAAUCUCCUCUUUUUUGGGAUGUUGAUUAAGUAAGUGUUCUACUAAAGAUUGUUAAAUUGGAAUGCUUAGAUUAACUUUUUAGAUAAAACUUAAUUGAUGGAUUUGUGAUUUCAGUUUUGGGAAAAUGCCCAUUCACAGAAACUAGUCAAUUGCUCAAACUGUUUGAUUUCAAUUUAUCAAAUAAUACAAAAAUUCAAAAUGUUAGAUUGCAGACGCAUUCUAAACUGACUUAACUAUAAAAAUAUACCUAUAUUCAAAAUGUGUUUUUAAUGUUGUUUUAUUUAGCCAACACAUUAAAUCAAACUAUUUAUAAUUGCUUAGAAAUUGAUCAAUUUUAAACAGAGGGAUAAUAAAUUAGCCACUUUGAUUAUUAUGAUUUAUUCUAUUUUAAAGCAAAAUGUCCAUAAAUCUGGAAGAAAUCUCCAGAUAAAAAAGCCUAAACCUCAGAUUCCUUGGAAACUUUUAAGGUCUUCAAUUUAGAAGAUGGCCGUCACGAAUCAAUUGCCAUAGAUGCUUUUAGAUCCAAUUCUGUCAAUCAUGUUAAACCAAAUGUUGAUCAUUAGAAAAUACAAAAGGCUUCAUCUGGAAUUGAAAGCAGCGUACGCCAAAGAUAGGAUCUCAUAUAUUGCUAGAAAGAGUUGGAAUAGAGGGCUUAAAAUAUUUCAAUUGGUGAUGCAGUUACUACUGAAACUACUACUACUGAAGCUACUCCUUUAAUUGAUUCUUCCAAAAGUUCAGCUGAUAACUAGAAAAAUAUGUAAGAGUCUGUAUAUUUUCCAUAAAAUUAAGAAAUGCAAGAAAGUGUUUAUUUCUAAGUGCCCUAAUAACAAUAAAUGCAAGAGUCUGUUUAUUUUCCAUAACAAGAUGUUAAGCCUAUGUAAGAAUCUGUAAUUUUCCCAUAAAAUGAGCAAAGAUAAAUGCAAGAUUCGGUUUACUUUAUUCCUCACUAAUAGUAAAUGAAAGAGUCGGUUUACUUUCCGUAAUAAGAAAAGCAAGAAAAAUAGCUGGAAGGAUCUGUUUAUUUUUCUAAUAAAAUGUAAGCUUCCGUAGCCUUUCCUCAAAAUUAAACGCAAUAAAUGCAAUAAUCAGUUAUAUUUUAAGAUCCAAAUAAAAAUGAUUUAGGAUAAUCAGAGAUGAUAGGCCAAUCAGUAAUGAUGGGAUAAUCUAUAUUUAUUAAUAAUAAUAAUAAUAACAAUAGUAAUAAUAACAAUAAUAAUAAUAAUAAUAAUAAUAACAAUAAUAGUAAUAAUAAUAAUAAAGUUCAAGACCCUUUUAACAAAUCGAUAAAUAUUGAACACAUUAUUAAUGAAGUCUAAUAAGAUAAGAAAGUAUAGGAAUUUAACUAAAAGUCAAAGGAUACAAAGAAGGAAGAAAUAUAAAAUAGAACACCAACAAGAUAGAAAAGAAUACGAUUAAUUACAUCUAUUGAAUAAGCAACUUUGUAAAGUGUUAUAAUGAAUCCAUUUAUUCUAAAUGUUAGUCAUCAAAUGAAGAUAAAAUCCGAACAAUUUCAUAAAAUAUUAUUAAUAAAUUUGAUUGGAGCAACAUUCGGUAGAAGCCAGGAUAAUCAGUACGUUUUAUAAGAUCAAUCCAAGAUCUCCUCAAAACAUGCAAGGAUCAUAGUUGUAAAUGAUAGGUUUCAUUUAUAGGAUUUAGGAUCUAAGAGAGGGACUUUUGUGAAUGCCAAUAAAAUGAGAAUAAAGAAGGCUAUGGUAUUUUAUAUUGGAGACAAACAAGCUUUUCAAAUUUUGGAAGUGAAUGAAAAAGAGGGGACCAUAGUGCUUGCAUUUGAUAAGGAAUUAAUUGACACAAAAUAAAUUAAUCUUAAAAUUGGUGAAACUUGGUGUAUAGGUAGAGAUUUGAAGAGAACUAACUACUAAUUCAUAGGAUACCCUAUUCAUCAAUCCUUAUCUUAAAUUCAUUGCAUAAUUUCUUAUGUUUAAAAGGAUGGGGUGGCUAAAUUCAUUAUAGAUGAUUAAAAUUCAAAAAAUGGAACUUGGCUAAGAUUGAGCGACAAGAAACUAUUAAGUGAACCCUAGUUACUAUUGAGGAAUAGUAAAUUUAACUUGGCUUUUGAGAUAUAAUAUGAAGUGAUUGAUGAAAAUAAAGCAUCUGGAUAUAAAAAGAUGGGCAUGAUGACCUCGAAAACAGUAUAUUAGUUAACAUCAAUACUGGUGAGAAUAGUUAACCAACAUCUUGUAUUAAAGCGAAGAAAAAUGAGAAAAAGUAAGCAUGCCAUUGUCACAUCUUUUGAUAGUCACAGUUUCUUAAAUCUGAUUUAAUUGAUAUUAACUUCAAGUACUGAAUUAUUGAUAUUUUAACAUUCUCUUUAAAAUAAAAAUAUCCUUGAAAUUUGCUAAAAACCUACAGGAUUCACUUAUAGCAAUUGCCAUCAUUAUUAAUCACUAAAUCUGUAUUAAAAUAUGGGUUAUCUGCAAUAUAUUAGAUUUGUAGUUGAGAAUUUCUAUUUUUAAAACAACUAUUUUAGGACAUUUUAAAGAAUCUAAACUAAGUUAGGGGACUAGAUGAAUUAAACAUUUAUUCUAAGAAAUUGGAAUAUACACUUAUAAUGGAUCUCUCAAUAAUUAAUAUAUCUACAUAUAUAUAUAUUACUCUCUACUAUUAAUUGA